AAUCAGAGCGGCUGCUGAGUAAGGGUCAUGUGACUGGAGGGGCGGCUGGGCGUGGUCGCGCCUGAUAUCAGAGCUCUGCUGGUCGGACAGUCAGGUGACUUGAUCGCGAAGGAACAACCAUGAAGAGCCUGGUCGCCUUGUCGUGUCUGCUUGUUGCCGUUGCUGCAACACCAUUAUUUGGCACAGAGCAAUGUGCCAAAGGGCCAGAAGUCUGGUGUGUCAAUGUCCGUACCGCCUCUCAGUGUGGCGCAGUUAAACACUGCCAGCAGACCGUCUGGAAUAAACCUGUUGUGAAAUCUGUUCCAUGUGACCUAUGUAAGGAAGUGAUGACCAUUGUGGAAAACUUCUUGAAGGAUAAUACCACACAGAGUGAAAUCCUGGCAUACUUGGACAAGGCUUGUGAACUUAUUCCAGACCCUUCACUGUCUUCUCAGUGCAAAGAGCUAGUGGGCGAAUACUACCCCAUUGUACUGAACAUCAUUGAGGAGGAACUGGGUAAUCCGUCAGUAGUCUGCAGUGCACUCCAUCUUUGCACGUCUCUACAACAACAUUUAGCCAAGCUGAAACAACCCCAACAGCUCCUCUCUAAUGAAAUCCCCGAUAUGGAUAUGUCUAAAGUGGUUUACCCAUUCAUGGCAAACCUCCCCCUUCUUCUACCUCCCCAAGACAAACCCCGUGAGGAAUCUAAGAAUGUUCAGAACGUUGAUGUUUGCAAAGACUGUCUUCAGCUUUUUAGCGAUGUUCAAGAAUUACUUAAAACCAACUCUUCUUUCUCCAAAUCGCUGAUUGAAAAUGCUCUGAAACAGUGUGAUCAGCUUGGCGGCGGCUUGAGUGAAGCAUGCAAGACUUACAUUAACCAGUAUGCUGACCUUUUCUUACAAAUGAUGAUCCAAGUGCCAGCACAGCAGAUCUGUUCUUCAGCAGGCCUGUGUGCCCAGGAAAAAUCCAAACCGAUGUUAGAAAUAACCCCUGCAAAAGCUAUGAUUCCUGCUGUGAAACUUCAGCCUGCUGUCAAAGUUUCUCAGAAGCCAGAAAGUUUUGAUGCAGUCUGUGACGUGUGCCAGAUGGUAAUGACAAAACUGGAAGACCUUCUAGAAAAUAAUUCUUCACAGGAGCACAUAAAGGAAGCUCUUGAAAAGGUCUGCUAUGUUGUUCCUUCCAAAUAUCGCCAAAAAUGCAGAGAUAUUAUUGAUCAAUACAGUGUGCUUAUUAUUGAACUGUUGGAGCAAGAGAUCACACCCAAAGAAAUCUGUGUGGCCAUUGGACUUUGCAGUGUCCAACAACCGAAGUUGGUCAAACUCACAGCAGAGCGUAUUCAGUCUGGUGCUUACUGUGAAGUGUGCAAAAUGAUGGUGAAGUAUAUGGACACAAUUCUGCAGAAGAAUGCUACUAAAGAACGAAUUGAGAAUGCUUUGGAAGUUGUGUGCAAUUACCUGUCCGAUACCAUGAAAGAUGAGUGCGUUUGCCUUGUCCGCGAGUACGAGCCUUUGUUUGUUGAGCUAAUGUUGCAAGCAAUGGACCCAACAUUUGUUUGUGAGAAGUUGAGUCUCUGCUCUAAUGCUCAAAAACCACUUUUGGGAAGUGAAAAAUGUAUGUGGGGCCCAAGUUACUGGUGCAAGGAUAUGGAAACAGCAGGAAGUUGCAAUGCAAUUGAGCACUGCAAGCGUCAUGUGUGGAACUGAAGAAUUGUGCCUAAAUAGACGAGUGAUGGACUGGAUUAAUCCUCCCAAUAACUGGUCCUCCGCUCAAGUACAGGGAAAAGGAGCGGUGUGUAGAAGGAAGUAAUAACUUGAUGUACAUAUUUGUUCUUUAGGGAUAAUUUAGUAAAUAGUUUUUUGAUGGCUGUUAGUAAAUUUGACAUUAUGUAAUCAAGAGAAAUCCAUCUUGUAAUAGAAAGUCAAUCUUCUUACAAGCUUAUCACUAUCUGUAGCAUUUUAAAUUGUUUCUUCUGCACACGUUUUCCUCUUUACGCAUGCAUUUCCUUAGUUGGCUAUCUAUUAGUGAUGAGCGAAGUUACAGUAAUUCGAUUCGUUGCAAACUUUUUGGCUCGGCGUUUGCUGACUUUAGCCUGCAUAAAUAUGUUCAGCUUUCAGGUGCUUCGGUGGGAUGGAAAAGGUGGAUAUAGUCCUAAGAGUCUUCUAGGACUGUAUCCACCUUUUCCAGCCCACCGGAGCAACUGAAAGUUGAACUAAUUUAUGCAAACGCUGAGCCGAGAAGUUUGUGACAAAUCUAAUUACUGUAACUUCGCUCAUCUCUACUAUCUAUACUUGGGCAAACAGUUUUUCCUAUUUUCUCCUUCCCCCUCCCAAAACACACACUAUUGCCUUGUUUAAUGCUUUUUAGUGACUUCUUAAUAACAAAGGAAAUGUCAAGACUAAUUUGCAGAGAUGUAUAUAAACUUAGAUUUUGGUGGCUUAAGCAUUUAUCGUGUAGUACUACAAACCUACUGAGCAUUUAGGUAUGGUUACCAGUACAAUACAGUUUCUUUUUCCUUUUUAAAAAUUUGAAUACCUGUUUAACAUUCAAACUAUGAAACUUGAAUUAAUUUUAAAAAUUUUCCUCUACUACUGUCAACCAGAGACAACUAAAACAGACGGACUUGUUUAUUGCACUAAAUGAUAAUAAAAGUGAAUAUCUACAGUUAA